GACAGAGACAGAGUCUCUGGAGAGACUGCAGAGGUGGUGUGAUAUGGAAAACAGGAUGCUGAGAGUUCAAAAAUAAUUCCUAGAAUUGAGACACUGAAAUUGAGACAUGGCAACCAUUUUGUAUAAAGUUGAAGUUGUUAUGGACUUUUCUGUGUGCCCACAAAAUUCAGCACUGCUCUGGUCAAAAACCUACAUGGUGGGGAGGUGGUUCAGACACUGGAGAACUGCAAAAUGAAGGAAAAAUGCUAUUGUGUCUCCCAGGUGGAAUACUAUGAAAUUGUCCAGGGCUCUGCAGGACACAGGGAGGAACAGCUCAAGGAAAUCGAUGUGGGAAGGUGCUUGGGCAGCUGCUCCUCGGGGGAUCCGUGCUUGCUUAGUCCAGCUUUCCAGUGAGUUAUAAAUGCAGCACCAGGGAGGCCGGGGGAGCUGGGCAGGGACAGCGAGCACAGAGCCAUGCUGCGGGCUGUCCUGCUGCUGCUGGCCCUGGCCAAGACGGCAUGCCCGAGCCCAGCCAGCGUGGCGAGUCGGAGGGCUGAGGCGCUGAAAAAACUCCUGGAAGUCUUUGGCAUGGAAGACCCGCCAGCCCCUCCAACUCACUUCAAGCAGCCGCCCCAGUACAUGGUGGACCUAUUCAACACUGUCGCCAAUGCGGAUGGUGUCACCAAGAACCCUGACAUCCUGGAGGGCAACACCGUCCGCAGCUUCCUGGAAAAAACUCACAGCGAGGAGAUGCGGUUCCUGUUCGUCCUCUCCAGCGUGGCCAAGAACGAGAAGAUCCUGACGGCAGAGCUGCACCUCUUCCGCCUCUGGCCGAGGGUCACAGAUGGGCCCAAAAGGCACCACUUCUGCCAGGUCAGUGUGUACCAGGUGCUGGAGAAGGACAAGCCAGACACCCCUGGAGGGAAGAAGCUGCUGGCAGCACGGCUUGUCUCACUGCAAACCUCGGGCUGGGAGGUCUUUGCCAUCACGCCAGCUGUUCGCGACUGGACUGAAGAUGAAAGCAGUAACCAGGGUUUGCUGGUGACAGUCCAGGGCCUGAGGGGGAGCCCACUCGACCCCCCACCACUGCAGUUUGCAUCUGGCCGGGGCCACCAUGAGAGCAAGAAGCCCAUGUUGGUCCUUUUCACGGACGAUGGGCGCCGCGGAGCAUCGCUGCCCACAGCUGGCUUCCCAGAUUUAAAGCCUCAGGCUCCCGAUCUCCCUGCCAAGAUGCUGGUGCCCAAGCUGGGCAGGCCACGCAGUACACGCUCGCUGGACCGGCUCCAGCCCUGCCGGAGGCAUCCCUUGUCCGUGGACUUCGAGGAGAUUGGCUGGUCUGGCUGGAUCAUCUCACCACGGGGGUACAACGCCUUCCACUGCAAAGGCUCCUGCCCCUUCCCUCUGGGCGAGAACAUGCGGCCAACGAACCACGCCACAGUGCAGUCCAUCAUCAACGCCCUGAAGCUGAGCGAGGGUGUCAGCAGCCCCUGCUGUGUGCCUGACAAGCUCUACUCCAUCAACCUCCUCUACUUUGAUGAUGACGAGAAUGUGGUCCUCAAGCAGUAUGAUGACAUGGUGGCUGGGAGCUGUGGCUGCCACUGAGGCAGGAGGAGCAGGGGCUGGAAGCACCUGCAGGGGCUGCAGUGGGGCUGCACCCGCUCCUUCUGGAGCACCAGUGGGGUCUCUGUCCCACAAACCCUCUAAAAGAGACUGGGAUGAGCAAAGCAAGGGCGUAAUGUGUCUGCCCAGGAUGGUGCCACUCCCUGACAGGACCAGGAAGGCUCAGGGCCAAGCGCUGAUUAAGCCUUUGGGUGAAGGAGCCCAUGUGAACCAGCAGCCCCCGGGCAGCAGCUCCAUUUUGGGGUGCCCUGUGCGUGGGCAUGGGUGUCUCUGCCCAUGCAGAGGCUCCUGCAGGCUGUACUAUAUGUAUAUAGCAAGAGCACUAAUAUAUGACAGAAACUGCCUGUACAAUGUCCUGUAAAUGUCUGUACAUUCCUGCAUUGCUGUGACUUGUAAAAUUAAUUCAGAGCAACUAUUUAAAAGUGCUGUUGUCCAAAGGCUGCCUGUGGACUCUGAACUGCUGCCAGGAACAGGGCAAGCAGACAUCUCACAGGCACAGGGAAGGUGGUGCACAUGAAGGGGUGAAGAUCCAGCUGCAGUGCAGUCUCCAGGGGCAAGGGGACAGGGUAGGUGUGCCCCAUUCCUUGAAAGCUGAACGAUCUCAGGACCCAUCACAACUGGGGGUGCAGGGAGAUGAGCGGGCGAUGGGGGUGCUGGGGGGAAUGUGGUGAUGGGGUCUGGAGUGGGGUAAGGGUAUCUAUAGAGGUGCCUGGAGAUGAUGCUGCUGGGGCGGGUGAGUGGUGGUUGUUGUGGUUUAACCCCAGAUGGCAACUAAGCACCAUGCAGCCACUGGCCUCCCCCUCCACCCUGGUGGGAUGGGGAGGAGAAUCAGAAGAAAAGGUAAAACGUGUGGGUUGAGAUACGGAAAGUUCAAUAAUGGAAAUAAAAUAAAAUACGGUAAUAUUUAAUAAUAUUUGUAAUGGAAAGGGAGACACCAAAAGGAGGGAGUCAUAAACCCCAAAACAGACAAAUGAUGCCCAAUACCCAGUUGCUCAGCAGCCAGUGAUCUGUGACCAGCCUGUCUCCUAGCAGCAAUUGGCUGCUGAGAGAUCAGUGUGUGAUCAAGAAUACUCUCACCCUGAGUUUAAAAUACAGCACUGUACCAGCCACUGGGAAGAAAAUGAACUCUACUGCAGCUGAAACCAGGACAGUGGGGCGGGAGAGCUCUGGGGGAAGAUGGUCAGAGGAAACUGCUGUGCCCAGAGAGAAUGUUUCUCAUGGAAGAGAAAUGAGGUGGAAAUCAGAGCUGCCCAAGGCUGUGGGGUCAGGUCAGUGCUGGGGAGGUGUACAGAGGGUGGGUGUCAAUGUGGGAUACCAGGGAGUGGGUAUAGGUGUUGGUGGUCAGAGCAGGGUGGCACAGCCCCCUUGUCCCCUGCAGUCCAGCUCUCAGUAGGAGUGUGGCUGUCUUGCCAGAGCAGUCAGCUCCUCCAAGUCUCUUUCCAGGUUUCCAACAUC